AUCACUUUAUUAGUCAUUCGGUGCACCGUUACAAGUUCUAAGAAAUUAAAAACGAGUUAUGUAAUAAAUAAACCUUGUGGACACAAACAAAUGUUUCGAUUUGCUAAACCAAUUUCCCACUAGAAAAGUGGGAACAUUACACGAUUUGAAAUUGACGGACGUUCCAGAAUAGAGAGAACGAAUUGCCUUCGUUAGCAAAUUAUUUAUUCCAUUACAGGUUAUUUAGUAGUUAUUUUACAUUACAAUGGCUACAAAUUUGAUCAGCAUACUGUUGUAAUUAUGGUAAAUUUCGUUUUGAGGAAUUUGAUAACCAGCUAGCAAGGAUAUAACGAUAAGCUCAGUGGCAAGGACACUUGAAACUAGUUGGGUGCUUUGUGUGCAAUUGCGACAGUGGUGGAAUCGUUUAUGGCAAAUGUAUGUUAAAAAAAAACGUCUGGUUGCUAGGUAGACGGAUAACGCGAAACAAUACUACGGAGGGAUAUGAUGAGAAGAAAGGAAGUAAAGUAGCUAGCUAGCUCGCCAGUCAGGGAAGCAUGAGAAGGAAGCAAGAUGGUGAAAGGCUUUGCUAGGUUGUAUGAUGGAAGGACUGGGAAAGGAGAGAUCCAUAUGCAGUUCUAGGCCCUUCCCAUGGCUCAGUCAUCCCAAGAAAGAGGCCUCGUCCCGGCUCUGGAAACUCACAGAGUGCUUCUCCACCCCCGAGCAGCAAAACACCCCAAGUUACAACACAGACAAACAAAACGAUUACAUGGACAACAGAAAGCCAGUAUUGGAUCUGAAAGAUCUGCCUCCUCCUCCGCAUCAUACCGCUGCCUCCCAGCCCUUCCCCCUCGCCCCCCUCCCUCUGCCCCCUCCCUGUCUGCCUCCUCUUCCACAAGACUCCCUCCAACAACUACCACUACAGGGGGGUAGUCCCAAAGUAAGCGUGUGCACUCACUGUGAGCACUGCAGCACAGACCCAUUGGGUCGUGGUGGUUAUGGGGUUGUUAGUGGUGGAGGUAGCGCUAGUAUUAGUAGUAGUGUCGGUGUCAGCAGUGGUGUCCCACUCUACCUCCCUCCAAGUUCUCAGGAAGCCUCUUUCAGCAGGCUAGGAGCCGGUCAAAUAACGCCAACCACCCUCAACUCACACCUGCACUUCCCCAGCCUUGGUGGUGGUGGAGGGGAUGCCAGAGCCACGCUACUCCCCUCUGGGAGCUACAAGCUCCACAUCCCCUCUGUAGACACCACGUCCCAGCCCCUACCCUUUCAGUCUCACUCCCACCUACCAUGCUCCUGCUGUACAGGAGGCCUUCUCAGACCUCUCCACUCUUACCCCUCCAUCCCUUUACCCUACAACGAGUCUAAAUUCAUUACCACCUCCACCCCCCACCAUAGGGCAGCUGGGUAUUACCCCUGUGGUGGUGAUUACAACCCUGCCACUCUGGGGGUCCAGAGAUCAUUGGCAGCACACAGUGACCCCCACAUACCCACCUCGGGACAUAUCUGUUCUUCUAAUGCUAUGCACUUCAAUCUUGAACGCACAGUUUGUCGCACGGGGGCGCACUACUGCCGGGAUUGUUUGACGAAGCCUGCAGACAAGUUGUGGCCUAACAUUCCUCUGCCCCCGGCCCAGUCGGCCUCAGUGCCAAUCCCCGUGUGUAAUGGCUGUGGGACCUCCUCCGACGGCCUGCUACUGCUGGGUUCCAGCCUGGGCAAAUCUGCAACAAAGUAUGGUUCUCCAGAAGGCCCUGAGAACAUCCCUCCGGUGGGUGUUUUCUGGGACAUCGAGAACUGCUGCGUUCCCAGCGGUCGCUCUGCUGCAGCUGUGGUCCAGCGCCUCCGCAACCACUUCUUUCAGGGCCACAGAGAGGCAGAGUUCAUCUGCGUCUGUGACAUCAGCAAGGAGAACAAGGCCGUCAUCCAGGAGCUCAACAACUGCCAGGUGACGGUAGCGCACAUUAACGCUACCGCCAAGAACGCUGCGGACGACAAGCUUCGUCAGAGCCUGCGGCGCUUUGCGGAAACACACACUGCCCCUGCUACUGUGGUGCUAGUCUCCUCCGACGUGAACUUUGCCAGCGAGCUGAGUGAUCUCCGGCAUCGCCAUGGUUUCCAGGUGAUCCUGGUCCAUAAGAGCGGUCAGACGUCGGACGCCCUGCUGCAGCACGCCCACCGCCACGUGGCCUUUGAAGAGAUGGUAGCCGACCUGCCGCCCAGACAGGCUGUCAAAUCACAGCUCGGUUUCAACCUGCUCUAUGUGUACAACCUGCCGCCGGGCUGCGACGGCAAGAGCGUGGGAAACCGCCUCCGCCGCCUCUCGGACAACUGCGGGGGCAAGGUGCUGGGCGUCUCCAUGGCCACCGGCACCGCCGUCCUCCGCUUCAGCUCGCAGGAAGCGGCGGAGCGCGCCCUCAAGCGCAUGGAGAACGAGGACGUGUUCGGCCGGCGCAUCACCCUCUCCUUCUCAGCUCCGUCCACUGAGGAGGGAAACGACCCGACCCCACCACCCUCCUCAUCUGAGACUCCACCUCUGCUUCCAGUUCAACCUCUUCCCUCCUCUUUUUCCUUCCUUCCCCUGGAGAAGCUGGGCUCCCCUAGGAGGAAAAGGCGUGCGAGGCGUGAGUGUCAGAGAGAGAGGGAAUCCUCGCUCCCCCUCUCUGUUCCGGUGCCUGAGAGGCCCUACAGCCCCAGGAGGGGGAGCGGGGGGACACCUUUCCCCGUUCCCCCCCAAACCAGAACCCUUCCUCAGGAGCUAGGUGGACUGGAGACCAAGCCCAAGAUUGGGGUUUUCCCCCUGGAGAAAGGCCAGCACAACUCCUCCCCCCACAGUAACGGAGAGGGGCCGUCCCAGCAACACCCCAUCAAGGCCGGCCUCAUAGGAGAGUCUAUGUUCAGCUGCAGGAGGAGAGACCUCUCCAGCCCCCGCAGUGCAUCGGACUCUGAGCGUCAUGUGGACCGGAGCUCUGGAGAGUUCCAGAUCAGCACCCCCUCUGCCUUCAGCAAGCUGACCCUGCACAAGACCUUUAGCGCCUCGGUCCUCUCCCAGCCACAGGGCCUCUCCCAAGGCUCCUGGUCCUCACGGAGUGGAUCCCCCUGCAUGUCGAGCCGCUCCUCCCCCCUAAUAGGCCCUCCUCCCCGGGGCAGCAGCAGCCCCUGUCUGCCUGUGGGCCCACAGGCCUCGGAGCCCUUCUCGGACGGGGCAGACUUGCAGGUGGCCAACCUGGACUACAGGAUGUCCCGUAAAGAGCUGCAGCAGAGCCUGCACGAUGCCUUCUCCAGACACGGACAGGUUAAAGGCGUAGAGCUGAGUCCCCACACAGACUACCAGCUGAAGGCCACCGUCCAGUUCGUCUCCCUACAGCAGGCCAUCGGUGCUGUGAGCAGCCUGCACCGCUACAAGAUAGGAAGCAAACGCAUCCACGUCUCCCUCAUCACCGGGGCCGGCAACAAGUCUCUAGCCAUGCUCCGCUCUGAAAUCUUCCAGAUUCUCCAGGACGCGCCAGCCAGCUGUCUUCCCCUUUUCAAGUUCACUGAAAUCUACGAGAAAAGAUUUGGUCGUAAGCUGGUGGUGAGCGACCUAUACAGACUACAAGAGGUUGUGGCAGUGAGGGAGCAGGGUGGAGGUAGGCUGGUGUGUCUCCUCCCCAGUAGCCAGGCCAGGCAGAGCCCUCUGGGGUCGUCCCAGGAGGGGUCCUCGGCUAAUGGUAGUCCUGUGGUGUUUGAACAGUUGGAGUACCACGAGCCUGUCUGCAGUUACCACUACACACAGCAGAACUUCAGUGAGGCAGACUUUGACCCAGACUCGUAUAAGAUUCCUUUUGUGGUGGUGUCUCUGAAGACCCUGGCCUCCCAGGUCCACUGUCUGCUACAGUCCCAUGAGGGAACCCUGCCCCUGCUCAGUUUCUCAGAGUGCUAUGCAUCAGAGUUGGGCCCCCUGGCGGUGUCUGAAGAGGGGGAGGAGGAGGGGAGUGUCCCCUUGGAGCACCUCAUCACCUGUAUACCAGGCAUUAACAUCGUCACUGCUCAGAACGGCUUCAAGGUCAUCAAGUGGAUCCACAACAAGCCACCCGCAUCCAACACAGACCAGUGGACGCAGCGGUGCAAGUCCCCAGUGGGGAACCCCCAGUUGAUCCAGUUCAGUAGAGAGCUCAUUGACCUGAUGAAGGGUCAGCCCUGCAACCUGAUGCCCAUCAGCAAGUUCAUACCUGCCUACCACCACCACUAUGCCAAGCAGUGUAGGGUCUCUGACUACGGAUACUCUAAGCUGCUGGAGCUACUGGAGGCUGUGCCUCACGUACUGCAGAUCCUUGGCAUGGGGACCAAGCGUCUGCUGACCCUGACCCACCGUGCCCAGGUGAAGAGAUUCACCCAGGACCUCCUCAAACUGCUCAAGUUCCAGGCCAGCAAACAGGUGGCCAUCACAGACUUCAUGCAGGCCUACCAUUGGUGCUUCUCCAGAGACUGGCGGGUGCUGGACUAUGGGAUGUGUGAUUUGAUGGACCUGCUAGCUGAGAUCCCUGACACCACCAUCACCAUCACACACCAGGACUUGGACACUGUCAUCUCUGUACCCAAGAGAGAUCGUACAUCAGAUGAGAUGGAGCGGACCAAGCAGUUUGGUAAGGAGGUGGUGGACCUACUGCGUCACCAGCCCCACUGUCGCAUGGCCUUCUCCAAGUUCAUCCCUACCUACCACCACCACUUCGGACGCCAGUGCAAACUCGCCUACUACGGCUUCACCAAGCUCAUGGAGCUCUUCGAGGCCAUCCCCGACGUACUCGUGGUGUUGGAGUGUGGAGAGGAGAAGGUGCUGACACUAACAGAGGUAGAGCGUGUGAAGGCCCUGGCUGCCCAGCUGGUCAAGAUGCUCCGUUCCCAGAGAGACUCCAGCCUGCCUGCUGCCCAGCUACUGUCUGAGUACAGCAAGACCUUCGGCUACGGCCUGAGGCUCCAGGACUACGACGUCUCCUCCCUGCCCGCCCUGCUCGUCAACCUCUGCCACGUCGUCAAGGUGGUGGACGGCGCUAACGGCCGUGAGGUCCAGCUGAUCAACAGGAAGUCUCUGCGCUCGUUAACGUGCCAGCUGCUGUCCCUGCUGAUGGGCCUGGGGCAGCACGAGGGAGACGGCUCCGUCAGCGUGGAGGGCUUGAGUCUGCUGUAUCAUUCUGUACAUGGGGUACAGCUCAAACCCUGUGAAUACGGCUUCCUCUCGCUCAGCGAGCUGCUGAAGAGCCUGCCUUACCUGGUGGAGCUGUUCUACGGUGAGGGUGAGGAGGAAGGCGAGCGUGGCGAGGAGAGAGUUAGACUCACCCGUCUGUACCAGUUUGCCCGUAGGGUGCGUGCCCUGCUCCACACCUACCACUACCACCAGAUCUCCCUAACGGAGUUCCCCGGGGCCUACGCCAAGUUCACCGGACGCGGCCUCCAACCUCGCUCCUACGGCUACGGCAGCGUAGACGACCUGCUCAACGGCAUACCACAGGUAGUGUGGAUCAAAGGGCAUGGCCACAAGAGGAUUAUCGUUUUGAAGAACGAUAUGAAAGCAGCUCGAGCCACUGGAGCCAGCCCUGCAGCCUCAGAGGAGCCUGAGGACGGGGCCAGCCAGAGAGACAGCCCCUGUAGCAACACAGAGUCUGAAACUCACAGCCCAGGUGUUGGUGGGGUGGAGACAGAGCUGCUAUGUCUGACCUCUCCAGUAGACCUGCUGUGUGGCCCAGUACCCUCCUGCCUGCCCUCUCCCCAGCUGCACCCUGACCCCGUUCUCCAACAGGCUGACCUCAUCCGCUUCGAGCAGACGCCAUCACCAGCAGAGCGUGAUAAACUUGAGGAGGAAGCUGUAGCAGAAGAAGUAGCAGCCCCUGCUGUCUGUGACACAUCUGAGCCUAUAGAAGCAUUAACUGACAACAACCAGAACCUUGUUGUUUUGGUUUCCAUGACUACCAAGCCUCCACAGAAUGUGACCCGCAAAAUGGCGUCCGUUGAAAACAGCCCCAGCAAGAGGACUCCUCGCAAUAAAGUGAAGCUGGCAGCUAACUUCUCUUUUACAGCCGCACCCUAACACACUCACUGACGAUCACAUGCUGGAACAAGCGCACACACACACAUUCAUCACACACAACUCGAAAAUGAAGAGUUGAUCAGCUAAAUUGUAAAAAGCCCCAAAAAUAAUGAUUUGUUUUUAGUCAUGCCCCCCGCAACAAACUGUGACGUUAUUUCCUUUCUUUGCCUUUUCCCCUUAUCUUUUCAAACUCAAUCAUCAUGUUGAUGUAGUUGUUUCCUCACAAAGCUAUGAGUUUUCUUGUUGCAGUUAUUUCUGCAACAGCCAUUCAUUUUUCUAUGCCGUGUACUUUUAGUCAGAUUAAUGCAUGUCAAGAAAGGUUUUGUGGUAGAUAUGAAUUAUAUACUAUGGAUAAACUGUUUGGAAACAUGGUUCUCUGAAAGUGGAAAGAGAACUUCCCCACAAUACAGCAACAACAAAUACUGAGGUAGUUGGCACUGUAGCCACGAGUUUACACUGCAAAUUGCAAAAGAUGCCUAUUUUACCACUGAAUACCCUUACCUGAACUCAAAACCCCUCAGAGAUUUAAUUCAGUAACUUGUUUAAAAAUGGGUACUUAUACAGGGAUUUUAUAUCAUGUUAAUUAUUGCCAAGGAAGCUCUGAGGGAAAGCUAUAUAAAUAUGUAGAGAAACGUCAUUAUGUGUCUACUGCCCUCUCCCCUGUGUUGUCCCCAUUGCAUUUUGUCAUCGGACAAAUGCACUUCUUCAUACAGCUAGAAGUACAAAAAGAUAUUUGCGCUUUGCCUUUGAGGCAGCUUUGGAGGUAGUAUUGACAAUUAUUGUUGUUGAGUAACCAUGCCCAUCUCAUUCUUUUAACUCUUUCUCUUGGGCGAUGUUUAGCAUUGUGUUCAGUUCACACUCCAGUGUUAGAGUCCUCAGACAUCGUUCCACCUUGACUAUGUGCUUUCAUAAAGUAGUAGCCUAUAUGGCUGGUGUUUUCAGUUUCUCAUUCAAGUAUCGGGUCAAUGGCAGGAGUGAUCAAGCUGCCAAAGUGGCUUCGAAGUAACUUUGACAACUGUCUGGUCUCAGUCAAAUCGACCUAAGCUUGUAUUUGUGUGUUCUCAAUGGGGUGUCGCAAUCAGCGCUGUCUCCAAUGUGUACGGCAGUGUGAAAUAGAAGGAAUUCUGACUCCUCCGUGGAGAGUUUUGAACGAGCUCUUGGCGAGGUUGAGGGUCAGUCUGCCUUGGGCCGUUAUUUAGGCAAGGCAGAAGCCGAGACCCUGAAUACUCGGACCAGGUGUUAAAACGCUUGGAGGCAGCGUGAACAAAGAUAUGGUGACACUGUUUCCUGCCGGAAGCUAAGUAGAAAUGAUUUCGGUUUUUGUAUUUUUAGAGAUUGAGUGCGGUUUACACUUGAAUAACUUAUAGGUGGUGUGUAAUAUGCAUGUUGUGCAUAAAAAACAAACAUUUUAUGCAUGGUGUAAACCUAUUAGGUCAGAAAUCAGACUGUUGGUGAACUGCAUUUUUUUUAAAGAAAUUAGUUGAAGUUGUCUUGUUUCCGCAGAAACCAUAUAUUAGAGGUAUUGUUUACAUCACCCCCCUCACUCCUGGUUACAGUUGACACCACCCCCCCCCUCACUCCUGGUUACUGUGGAAGGUUGUUUUUGUUCAACCUUGUUGCUUUUUGUCUACAUUUUCAGUGUUGUCUCUACUGGUUGAGUAGAGGAGCUGGGAUUUUUGAUUUUUAAAACGAUGAGAAAGACUUGGUGUUUUUAGUAAAAGUGGAGAGAAAAGAUGGGUACUUGUAUGCUCCAGCUACACAUGAAACAGCAAGAAGGGCCCCUGGAGGCCCCGAUAGGAUCAAAGGGACAAAGGCCCUCGUGCGGCUCUGGACAACGCAUGGCUCUUACAAUGGCUUGUAUCUGCCAUGGCGCUGAGUAAGGGAUGGCUACUGAAUGGACUGGAGACAUAACAUACCUCAUUCGUCUUUACAUAACAUUUUUACUUGUGAUUGUCUAGAUUUAUUUUUUGUUGCCUAUCCUAUGUGUUGAUGAGAGUGCUGAUUGUACCAACCAACCCCAAGUUAUGACAUUGAGUUCCUACCUACAAGCAUGGUUUGGAAAGUAGAAGGCAUGACUUGAUGUAAGGGAAAAACAGCAUCCCUAUGAACGGAUGUUGAAAGAUGCAGUUUUCUCUCUUGUGCUACUGUGUUGAAGAUGCAGAAAAGACCAGAGAAUUGGGCCAGGGCCCCUGAUGUCCAUCUCCUUUGAUCCAAAAUGUCUUCCUUCUGUCAGUGUUACUGUAUGUGUUGAAGAUUCAGUUGAAGACCAGAGAAAUUGGGCCAGAGCCCAUGAUAGUGAUCUCCUUGCCAAGAGCCAAUAUGGCUACUCAGAUUCCUGUCCUGUUAGUGUUUUUCCUGUUGACUGUGUUUCAAAUUAGCAUCUAAUUUGAUUCUCCUCGUUAGUUACUAGACUUUUGUGUUUUGACGCCCAAGAUUUCCUUCCUGUUUCUAAUUACAUGACUCACUCAGUAAAGGAGGUGGAUUUACCAGAAUCUUGAGUGAUUUCCGAUACGGUAUAUUGAGGCAUAACGGCUUAAAGGCUCAGAAUCUUCCGAAAGUGUUAGAUCCAAUUUUAACAAUGGGCAGAAUCUUAUUUCUCUCUUUAACAAAGGGACAAUCGGCCUUUGCCUUAAAAUUGUGCACUAAAACUUAAAUUAUACUUUAGUUUGGCCUCGAAAGAUACAACUGCGUUUUACGGUUGAACUAACUCCCAGGUGCUACAGUGUCCACUAUCUCAGAAGGCAGAGUUAAAAUAAGAGGUACAAUUCUCAUAAGUUUGCUUACAUCAGUAAAAAGCAGCAUGUACUGGUAAAGUACUCCGUAUGCACCUUUGCAUAGCUUUGGUUCUUGUAAAAGGAGGUUUAUUGUGGGUUUGUUCAUUUCUGAGGUGAAAAAAAUAAUUGUUUUGCAAGGUUUUGUCGUUGGUUAAUUUGUAUCGGACUCCACUAUAGUGCGAUUUAAUUGUAUCUCGAAGUGAGUAUGUCAUGGUCUGCAUCUGAAACGGCAGCAUAUUCCCUAUAUAGUGCACUACUUUAUAUGAACUCUGGUCAAAAGUAGUGCACUAUAUAGGGAAUGUGGUGCUAUUUUGGAUACUACCAUGUCUGUCAACGUUUGUUUGCACUUCUCUUAGUCUCUCUGUUGUACUCCCAUGGAUCUCACCCCCUCCAGUUUUUUGUCAAGGUUAUCCUUUGUGAUAACUUUUCUGUUCUGUAUUUGUUUCACUGAAGUAUUCUAUCGUUCCUUCUCCCUGUUCCUUCUCCCUGUUCCCCCUUCACCUCAGCUCACCAUACAAGACGUUGUUGUAACCGUUUCAUUGAUGUUGAGGGGACCAAAUGAUUUCUGUUGAAUAAAUCACUGAAGCAUUA